AUGUUGAAGAAUUAUCAACCAUUCAAUAAGAAGAAGGUUUCAAGACUAAGAACGGCAUUAAAUAGUUGUCUCAAGAUGGCUAACAAUGAUAUUGAUGGUACAGUGAUAGUAUCAGAGUAUACUAAAGAGAAAAAAGUUGGUGAAGGUACUUAUGCUGUUGUUUAUUUAGGUACUAAGCAAUCUACAGGUCGUAAGAUCGCUAUAAAAGAGAUCAAGACGUCUGAAUUUAAGGAUGGGUUGGAUAUGUCUGCUAUAAGGGAAGUUAAAUACCUUCAAGAGAUCCAACACGUCAAUGUAAUUGAAUUGGUUGAUAUAUUUAUGGCUUAUGACAAUUUGAACUUGGUUUUGGAGUUUUUGCCUACGGAUCUGGAAGUUAUCAUUAAGGAUAAGAAUAUCCUUUUCACUCCAGCUGAUAUCAAAUCAUGGAUGUUGAUGACUUUGAGAGGUGUUUAUCAUUGUCAUAGAAAUUUUAUUAUGCAUAGAGAUUUGAAACCAAAUAACUUGUUGUUAUCUCCCGAUGGUCAGAUUAAAGUGGCGGAUUUUGGUUUAGCCAGAGCUGUCCCUUCUCCCCAUGAAUCAUUGACUAGUAACGUUGUUACUCGAUGGUAUAGAGCCCCAGAAUUAUUAUUUGGCGCUAACCAUUAUACUUCAGCCAUUGAUAUUUGGUCAGUAGGGAUCAUUUUUGCAGAACUUAUGUUAAGAAUUCCAUAUCUACCAGGACAAAACGAUCUGGAACAAAUGGAUGUUACUUUCAGAGCCUUAGGAACACCUACAGACAGAGACUGGCCAGAGGUUUCGACAUUUUCAUUGUAUAAUAAAUUACAAAUUUACCCACCUCCUUCAAGAGAUGAAUUGAGAAAAAGAUUCAUUGCUGCAAGUGAAAAUGCAUUGAAUUUCAUGUGUAACAUGUUGACAAUGAAUCCUGUAAAGAGAUGGACUGCUGCUCAAUGUUUAGAGAGUGAAUAUUUUAAAGAAAUUCCACCACCAUCUGAUCCUUCUUCAAUUAAGAUAAAAAGUUGA